GGGUUGUCUCUCGAUCGGGCUCGGGAUGCUUCUCCAUCCUGCCUACAUCCUGCCCCUGUAGGCUGAUAAGAGCGGGGGGCCACGUUUCCGUCCGACACAUUGGGCGGGGGAGUGUCUCUUUGGCGGGGCGAAUUGCCAUUUCUUCCCGCGCCUCACCGCUGACGGGCGGGAGUACGUGUCACGCUGCCUGAAAAACACGUUAUUUCCAGCUCCCUCCUUUCCUUGGCCUUCGUUCUGAGCGACGGGAAGGCUCCAAAGAUUGAGCGGGAGAGGAAUCACUUACUGGUGUGGCGGGAAAGUGUUUUCGUAGCAUCGCAAUUUCUUUUCGUGAUUCGGUGAAAACACGUUUCUCUGCUUUGCGUGUUUUGUGUGAGCGAGAAUGACUUCGCCGAUUGCUGCCAGCGCGGCCACGGCCACGACAGGCGCCUUCGCCUCCCCCGCCUCUGUGCGGUUCUCUCGAGCGGGAAUAACCAUCUGCUCAAAGUUGGGAGGAAUAGGAGGGGCGGGCGCGCCAGGGGCUUCGCGAUCGUGCUAUAUUGUUCGAAUGUCGGCAGCUAGCAGCGCAGGCGGAUCGCCAUAUCCUUCGUGGAGAGAAGGAUCGUCGUCCUCAUCACAGCCCGACUCAUCGUCCUCUACGACUGGAUUGGGAUCCCGGAGCUCGUCCGUGUUGGGACGGUUGAUUCAUCACGCGGCUGCGGUGUGCGCGCCACGUGUCGGAUCCCCGGCGGUAGGCAGCGGAAUCGACGGUAGAACUCAUCCUCGCACGGCUAUGGCGGCAGCAUCUGUGGGCGGCUCAGCAGCGGCCCCUACGAAAGGGAGAAAUCUCCACACCUUCACUGUGAAGGACAUCGACGGAAAUGACGUGUCUUUGGGCGACUACAAGGGAAAGGUCGUUCUCAUCGUGAAUGUCGCUUCCCAGUGCGGUCUUACCAAUCAGAACUACAAGGAACUCGUCCAGCUCUACGAGAAGUACAAGGAUCAGGACUUCGUUGUUCUGGCUUUCCCGAGCAACCAAUUUGGAGGCCAGGAGCCAAAGUCGAACGCGGAGAUCAAGAAGUUUGCGGAGAGUUAUGGGACAACGUUCCCCAUGUUCUCAAAGGUUGAUGUAAAUGGCGAUGAUGCCGCUCCUGUGUUCAAGUGGCUGAAGCUGCAGAAAGGAGGACUUCUCACUGAUGAAAUUAAGUGGAACUUCGGGAAGUUCCUUGUUGACAAGGAGGGCACCGUUGUGCACAGAUAUGCGCCAACCACGUCACCACUGCAGAUUGAGGAGGACGUGAAGAAGUUAUUGUGAAGAGGGAGGGCUGAUUCUGUUUCUUGAGCAUCAUGAGAAUUGUUCUUCCCUUGUCGAUCAGGUUCUCUAUUAGAUGAGCACAAGUGUUUUUAGAUCCGAAGGACAGUCUGGAGAGCAGUGAUUGCACAUGCAAUGACAGUGUCACAACCGAGGGCUUCCAUAACGGUUUCAGACAGAAAGAGGUCGCCAUACGCGAUGAUCGAGGGGUUAAGCUUCGAUUCCUCUGUGGUACUGUGUCAAACUCUACAGAUGUUCUGGCUAAAGAGGAAGGAAGGGGUGGUGGGGGGGGGUGGGGGUGGGGGUGGGGGUGACUGUCAGAGUCAACCAGAGGUGCAUGUGCUCUGGGAGUCUUUGUCGAGAGCAAGGGCUCAUACUGCCCAUAGGUGUGGGAUUGUGCUUUGCUUCUUUGUAGUGUAAGAAAGGGGAAAAAGAGAGGGAGAGAGUGGAGUUGUACCGAGAAUGGCGAGAAGGUAUUUUUGUUGUUCGGGAAGGUAUAUCUUUCUCAUGCUCUGGUGUCAUUGUAGUAGACAAGGAGAGAAGAACUUGAAGAAGGGCUCAGCAAAUCAUGUGUUUUAUGUACAGCACAGCUGUGAUAUGAUCCGAGCCAUGGCUGCUCACGCCAUGGAAAGGUUGGUUAGUUCUCAAUUAGUUCUCUACUCUUAUGUAUAAAGUACCUAGGAGGAUUAGCAUACACUCCUUUUUAAAGGAGAGGAACAGGUUGUGGUCCAGUGGCAUGUGAGCUGUGUCAAUUCCGUCCACCCAUGCCUUGCUGCCUCCCACCCACCAUCCUGUGUGCGCCUACUCGGGACUCUCCGACCCCUCCAUAUGUGGACAAUUUCUUGAUGGUGGUGGUCCCAGCAGGUGGACAAUUUCUUGACCAGAUACUGUGUAGUUAGCAAUGCCAAACAAAUGUUCUGCAGUGAG